AUGACUAACCCUCUGGAUCCGGAAGAAUUCAGGAGACAAGGCCACAUAAUGAUAGAUUUUAUUGCAGACUAUUUCAAGAACAUAGAGAAGUACCCGGUUCUAAGCCAAGUUCAACCAGGUUAUCUCAAAAAGCGCCUGCCGGAGUCUGCGCCAUACAACCCCGAGCCGAUUGAAACCAUCCUCCAAGAUGUGCGAUAUCAUAUUGUUCCUGGUAUAACACAUUGGCAAAGCCCUAGCUACUUUGGCUACUUUCCUUCAAGUGGUAGCAUCGCAGGGUUUCUCGGCGAAAUGCUUAGCACUGGAUUCAAUGUGGUUGGAUUCAACUGGAUGUCAUCGCCUGCUGCAACUGAGCUAGAAAGCAUAGUCAUGGAUUGGCUUGGAGACAUGCUUCAACUUCCCAAGUCUUUCCUUUUCUCUGGCAAAGGUGGUGGUGUGUUACAAGGGACUACUUGUGAGGCCAUUGUUUGCACCAUGGCUGCUGCUAGAGACCAGAUGCUAAGCCGUAUUGGUAAAGACAACAUUGGGAGGCUAGUUGUAUAUGGGUCAGAUCAAACACAUAGUGCACUUAAAAAAGCCUCCCAAAUUGUUGGAAUCCAUCCAGGCAAUUUCAGGGCCAUCAACACUGCACAAUCCACCGAAUUCGCACUAUCACCUGAGUUGCUGAGAUUGACAAUUUGUUCUGACAUAGAAAAAGGGUUGGUUCCUUUGUUUCUAUGUGCCACCAUGGGAACCACUGCAACCACUUCCGUUGAUCCAUUGGGGGCACUAUGUGAUGUAGCAAAAGAUUAUGGCAUGUGGGUUCAUGUCGAUGCAGCAUACGCAGGAAGUGUCUGCAUUUGUCCAGAGUUUAGGCAUUUCAUUGAAGGCGUUGAGGGAGCAAAUUCAUUCAGUUUCAAUGCACAUAAAUGGUUCUUCACAACUCUAGAUUGUUGCUGCCUUUGGGUUAAGAACCCAACUGCAUUGAUCGAUUCCUUGUCAACGAAUCCAGAGUUUUUAAGGAACAAAGCCAGUGAUUCAAAGCAAGUGGUUGACUACAAAGACUGGCAAAUAGCACUCAGCCGAAGGUUCCGCGCGUUGAAAUUAUGGCUCGUGCUAAGAAGCUAUGGAGUAGCUAAUCUCAGAAACUUUCUCAGAAGCCAUGUGAAAAUGGCUGAGAUCUUUGAAAGGCUUGUGCGAGAGAACAAAUGGUUUGAGGUUGUUGUGCCUAGGAAUUUCGCCAUGGUCUGUUUCAGGAUUUCUCCAUCAGCAAUUAGCAAAUAUCCAGGUGAUGAUGGAAAUGCUUUGAUAAACGAGGUCAAUUGCAAGCUACUAGAGGCGAUCAAUGCAUCAGGUAAUGUAUACAUGACUCAUGCUGUAGUUGGAGGCAUGUAUGUGUUGCGGUGCGCAAUUGGUGCAACUCUGACCGAGGAAAAGCACGUACUCAUGGCCUGGAAGGUAGUCCAUGACCAUGCCGAUGCCGUCCUGAGCACGUAUCAGUAG